UCUAUUUUUAGCAUUUACAUACUUUACAUGUAAUAUUAUGCAGUCAACAGGAUAUAUUCUGUUGGAUAUUUAUACUUUUUGUGAAGAAUUCUGAAGAACCAAUGGGUUGACAAUAAGACAAAAUGUCUGUAUACGACGAUAUGCAAGCCGUUGUCAUUGACAACGGUUCGGGUGUGACCAAGGGCGGUUUUGCUGGUGAUGAUGCCCCAAGAUGUGUGUACAGCACGGUAGUGGGCAGAUCAAGGUCAUAUACAAAAUGUGAAAGUAUGGUAUUCAGGGAUAACUAUGUUGGAGAUGUGGCACAGAACAGACGCGGUGUGCUCUCAUUGGAUUAUCCAAUAGAACAUGGAAUUGUAACAAAUUGGGACGACAUGGAACUAAUAUGGCAUGAUAUUUUUUAUACUUAUCUUCGGACAGCACCAGAGGAGCACCCAUUUCUCCUAACAGAACCUCCACUUAAUCCAAAAUAUAAUAGGGAGAAAACGGCACAGAUAUUUUUCGAAAAGUAUAAAGUACCUGCAUUUUACGUGAGUAUGCAAGGUCUUUUGUCAUGUUAUGCAUCGGGGAGAGGCUCUGCAAUCAUGCUAGAAAUAGGAGAUGGUGUGACACAUAUAGUUCCUGUAUGUGAAGGUAAGAUUUGCAUACAACCUGCCAUAAAGAGACUCGAUAUAGGAGGCAGAGACCUUACAUCUUAUUUACAGACUCUGUUGCAUGAAAAGGGACAAGAUUUCGUAACCACUGGUGAUUUUGAAAUUGUAAGAGAUAUGAAAGAAAAGUUGUGUUAUGUUGCCGAAGAUUACUCUAAAGAAAUUACUUUGUCUGAAUGUUUUCCUGAUGUUGAUAAAUCGUAUGAACUUCCAGAUGGAAAUUGUAUUACCAUUGGCAAGGAGAGAUUCCAGUGUCCAGAGCUUUUGUUUCGACCUACGAAAGAUAUAGGUUCUGAUGGUAUACACAAGUUAUUGUACGACUCAAUAAUGGCAAUUGACAUGGACUGGAGAAAACAUUAUUAUACAAACAUACUUAUAUCUGGAGGUUGUACAAUGUUCUCAGGAUUUGCAAAGCGUUUGCAGACCGAAUUUGCCACUUUGAUUCCAGAACGCAUGCUAACAAAAGUAGUUGCCCCUCCAGAAAGAAAGUAUUCAGUGUGGAUUGGUGGAUCCAUUCUUGCUUCAUUAUCCACAUUUCAAUCCUGGUGGAUCACAGAUGCGGAGUACCAGGAAUAUGGACCCGAUAUUGUCAAUAGAAAAUGUUAUUAAAUCAUCAUAAUAUAA